AUGAAGUGCAUUCUGGAAGUUGUUGUCCUGUUCUCAGUCUCAAGGAGCAGGAGAGCAGCUGUGCGUCUGUGGCCGAAAGACAGUGAUGGACUCGUCUACGUGCCCUUCACCUUCAGAACCUUCUCUCCGGAGCUGAUGGGGCGGUUCUUCGCAGCCACAAAACAGCUCAGAGAAUCCACCUGUAUCCGCUUCAAAACCAGAGUGCUUUUCAACUUUGAUUAUGUGGAGAUCAUCGAGUCGGACAGCUGCUCCUCCUCUCUGGGUCUCCUCGGGGGCCGUCAGCUGCUGUCUCUGGGCCCCGUCUCCCCCUCCUCCCCAUCAGACUGUGGGGGUCUGGGGGCCUCACAAAGAGAACUGCUCCACACUCUGGGCUUCAGCUACGAGACGCAGCGAGCCGACCAUGGACCAGAACCUCUGGCGAAGAUAAAGGUGUUGGACCAGAAGGACCCUCCAAACACUGCGUCCGAGUCUUCUGCGUACGACUACAGCUCCGUGAUGCACUUCAGCAGCUGGGCUUUCUCUAAAAACGGACAGCGCACCCUGCAGGCGACCCGCGGUGACCCGCAGCUGGGCUCUGAUCACAUGACUGAUGCUGACGUGAAGAGGGUGAACCAGCUCUACUGCCCCCAGUGGAACAUCUGA